AUGGCUCAUCGGUACUCUCGACAAGAAAAAGGCAAAUGGGUCUCACCGCGAAGCCAAAGUCAGCAUUCUCGUCGCUCCCCAAUACGCAUCCUCGAGGAGGAUACUGCUUCUCUAAUCGCUCAGCACCACCUCACACUAAUUGGGAAAGUCACAAACCCCUUGAUGCAAAGGCCACAGGAAGUGGUCGAAUACUUGCCUCUAUACUAG